CUUUAUGAAAUACGUCAAAGAUCUAAUGAUGUAAAAGAUGCUGGAAGUCAAUGUGAAGAAUUUAGUGGAUUUCCAGGAGACGGAGAAUUGGGUGCAACUGCUCUUGGACCGCCAACACAGGUGAGACCACGGAUCUGGUGAAAUAGCAUUUUUGUAAGCGCUCAAUCGGUACAACAAUUCAUUUACGGUAGAAAUUAAUAAGAUCUUUUGCCGGAGCAUUAGUUCGUUUCAAUUGAACGAGAAAAAGGAUCGUUUGUUAGCCAUUUUAAUCACUUCCAGUCAUUGACAUGAUUGUUCCAUUGAAGAUUGUCCGACACUGUAAGGCCUAAAAUGUUGGCAUUGAUGUACUACGUCAUUAGGCUCACUGUUGAUUAAUAUAGGGUCGAAUUGGUCUUUUCGUUGUUUAAAGUCUAUAACGAGUUCUUUACAUUUAUCAGGAUUAAGUUGUAACUUAUUCUUAGAUGUCAGAUGACCAACUUUCAAUUUCUUUGACAUCUUGUUCUAUUUGACUGGCACUACCCUGUGAGACUAUUUCGUCAAUAGUAAUGUCAUCAACGAACUUCCAUGUCGGUGAAUCUCUCACUUCUAAAUCGUUAAUUAUCCACAAAAAGAGCCUAGACUCCAAUUUAGUGCCUUGGGGCACACCUGCAUGAUGGAACGUGACCCCAUUCAGAGUAACAUUCUUUGAUAUCUUUAAUCUUUAAAAUUCUUUAAGCACGGUAGCCAUUCAGCAUGCUACGCUGAUUUUCAAUGGGCCGUGCACACUAUACAACAUAUAUUAACCUAAUUCUACAAUACAAAAUAGUGAAACCUACAUACUGGUCAGCUUCACCUAUAAUAUAUACUAAUACAUUAAACAACUAAUUAUUCUAAUUAUAGUAAAAAACUACUGAUAUUACUAAUUAACCCAAGGUUCUGUAGUGAUCGAUGAGCAUAGAUUUAGCAACAUUUAGUGUGAUAUUGUCGACGUUUUGUCUAAUGUUAUCCGGGAGAUUGUUCCAAGAUUUUGCCGCUCUGUAUGAGAAACUUUUUUUGAGAAAAUUUGUGUUAGGUUUAUCAAGGGAAAGUUGGCAAAAUUUACUUCUCAAGUUGUACGUUUCGUUUGAACAGAAAUUAAACAUUUCUGUGAGAUAAUUCGGAGAAUUAGCAGUGAGUGCUUUAAAAGUAACAAUAUUUUCACGAAUAGAUAAGCUUUUAUGGAUUGGCAUCCAAUCAAGUUUUCGAAAUAUUUCAUUGGACCGUACAUCGUAUGAAGCGCCGGUUAUCACACGUGCCGCUUUCUUUUGAAGUUUAGAUAGCUUUGUAAGUUUACUUUUGUAGCCAUCGUUCCAAACAGUGGAACAGUAAUAGAAAUUCGAAAUUACAAAUGCAUUAUACAUUUUAUUAAGGAUAUGUUCAGGCACAAACGAUUUAGCUCUCCUUAAUAAAGCAAUAUUGUUUGAAAUCUUUUUAUUUUGUUCGUCGAUAUGCUUGUUCCAUAUCUGUCUGUUAGAAAAUCUCUAACCCAACAAACCAUUCCAUAUGGUAUGUCUAGACUGCGAAGUUUUUGGAGAAGAAUACAGUGGUCAAUUAAGUCAAAAGCUUUAGUAUAAUUUUCAUCAGUGCAGAAGUAGCAUCCGUAGCUUUUGCCCAUUCAUGAAUCAUGGAGACCAGAGCUUGAGUGGUUGAGGAUUUAGGAACAGCAUCAAAUUUGUUAGGAUCUAUUACUUUUAAUUUUGCGUAUCUCGACACAACAAAUUGCUCAGCUUGUAACCGGUUUGAGUUUAGGUAUAGGGGUGACGUUUGCAUACUUCCAGGACUCAAAUUCUUGAGAAUAUGAACACAGUUGUUGUUACUGGCCGGGGCAGUUUUUCUGGACCUGUCAAAGGCUUUUUGAUACCGUGAACCAUCCUAUACAUUUUUAAAAGUUAUCUAAGGCUGGGUUUAUUGGUGCUGCUGUAACAUGGUUCAGAUCAUACCUACUGUAUCUCAGAGAACGCAGGUCGCAAGAGUGAAUAAUGCUAUCUCCUCUGCAAAGUCUGUCUCAGUUGGAGUACCACAAAGGAGUGUUCUUGGACCAUUCCUAUUUCUAAUUUACGUAAAUGACUUGCCUUUUUAUAUCAAGAUCUGUCGAGUGAUCAUCAGGGUUCGUACAAAACUUGAAAGUCCUUGAAUGUCCUUGAAUUUGAAAACAAAAAUUCAAGGCCUUGAAUGUCCUUGAGUUUGUAAAGAAGUACUUGAAUGUCCUUGAAUUCUUCUUGCUUUAGUUUUUGGAUAUUUUCUGAAAUUGUUUGACAUUCAAGACGGACAUUUUGUUGAACUGAUUUUGCAUGUUCAUAUCUGACCUCAUUAUAAAGUUACGUUUUGAACAAUUCAACGUCAGAUUUUGCUGAUUUCUAACACCUUCUUCAGUAUUUAGUCCUUGAAUUUGUUGAUACAUGGCCUUGAAUUUCCUUGAAAAGUCCUUGAAUUUAACUCUUCCUGACCUGUACGAACCCUGGGCCUUGUAUGCAGACGACACGGACCACGGUCCUUUAUUUCUCUUCCUCUACUUUGAGGGAGCUUGAAGACAAUUUAAACACUGAUCUCGAUAUUCUUUGCAAAUACUUCAAUGACAAUCUUUUAACUUUGAACGUAGAGAAAUGCAAAUGUGAAAUCUUUGGUAAUCCAAGCAGAGAAUCCUUUAAAUACCUUGGCAUUAAACUCAGUUAAAAUAUGCCUUGGUCGGACCACAUAGAUGCUCUUAGCAAAAAGUCAGCCGGAGACUUGGAGUUUUGCGUCGUGUUAAACAUUUGUUACCUCUUCCUGGUCAUUUGACUCUGUAUAUAACAGUCUUAUUUGACCGUUAUUUGAUUAUGCAGACAUUGUGUGGGGGGACAGCUACUACAAAACAAUGCAGCAAGAACUACUGUACACUUGAUUUGCCCAAAUAUUUUUCUGGUACCCAGGCCCUUGCGCAGUUAAAUUACAUCUUCCACGAACGCAUACCAACUGGGGAAAACAACGGUUUGUCUACUAUGCGCUCAACGAUUGAAACAAUCUUAACUUAGAACAAAGACAAUCCAGCAAUCUGUCUUCUUUUAAAAAUUCUAUUAGACCAUAGUUCGUUUUAUAUUUGUAUUUUAGCAAUUUCUGGACUUCUUAAGGACAUGCAAUCUAGUGAAUUGACGACUUUUAAAAACUUUUUUAAACUUUAUCUCAUUUUUAUAUAAUCUUGAUAUUUAAUAUUCUCUAUAUGCUUGUGCGGUAUAUAUUGUGUGGUGUGGUGAUUUUAGCUGUUAUCGUAGGACUUCCCUGAGAAACCACCUUGCUGUGAGAAUGCUGACAUGAUCAGUCAAUCACUACAGUGUGAACUUGAAAGCACUUCUGCACUGCACUUUAGUUGAAACUGUGUAUUUGGGUAGAUGGAUAAUGCAAGUGCAUAUAUUGGAUAUACACACUUCUUAUACCUAACCAGGAACGGUUGCGAAAAAUGCAACACUGAAGGUCCCCUCAUACAUAUACUGUAUAUAUGUGGCAUAUACUGUAUCGUCGCUUGGAUUAUCCAUCUAUACCUCAAUAAUCAGUCGUCUGCUACUUGUAAUAUUCAAAUCAAAUAUAUUUCACUAUUUUUAUAAAUAAUUAAUAAAUAUUUAUACAAAUGAUGGAAAACUACACAAAGCUAUUAUCAGAUUAUAUUUAUUUAGUUUCAUUAGCAGGAUGAGCUGGAAUUUAUUUCUUGUUUUUGUUAAUAUAUUGAGGAAAUAUGGAAGGGGAUGUAUAGAAACUCGAGAGAGUUUGUAUAAUUACCAAAUCUCCUUUUCCAGCAGAGUAAGAAAGCAAGCUAUUGGCCAUUGGUGUGACAGGGUUUGUACAAAACUUGAAAACCCUUGAAAGUCCUUGACUUUGGAAACAAAAGUUCAAGUCCUUGAGUUUAUAAAGAAGUGCUUGAAAGUCCUUAAAUUGUUCUUGCUUUAGUGGAUAUUUUCUGAAAUUAUUUGGCAUUAAGAAUUGGAAAUUUUGUAAAUUGAUUUUGUUCAUGCCUUACAAAUGCCAAAGCUGUUUGAAAUUCAUUAAAGUAAAACAUUUUAACGUCACUUUUUACUGAUUUCUAACGCUUUUUUUUACAGCCUUUGUCCUUAAAUUUCCUGAUAUAUGGCCUUGAAAGUCCUUGAAAAUCUUUGAAUUUAACUCUUCCUGACCCGUACGAACCCUGAUGUGAUAAAUGGACUAACAAUAUAUACAAUAAUAUUGUAUUGGUAUAAUAACGUGUAUAUAUAUUAAUUAUUUAUUCAUUCCAUUAUAAACAAUCUGGAAAGAUUGGAGUGAUGUAUAUAAUGCGGCAUUAGUAGGGUGGACACUCGAAUGACUAGUUAGACCCUCUUCUUUUAACUGCUGCCCUACAUUUUUCGUUUCGAGGUUCUUUUUAACUUAGUUGUUUUUCUUUAUCGAACACAUGCAGGUUAAUCUAGAGUUAUUGGUGAAUGACCGUGCACAGAAAAAUGUGCGGGUAUUAAUUCAGUCGAUUGAAGAGAAAGAUAUGGUCCAAGCCGAGACAGAACAGAAAAACCGUGACUUGACGAAGAAGGUGGAAGAUCUGGGAAAACAGUUGGAACAUGCCAAUGAAAGAAAUGAGCAAACAGAAUUAAAGUUAGAAGAGAAUAAAACAAAAUGUGCUGUCUCGGAGCGCAAGUGCGAUGAAUUCUUCAAACAAGUCGAAGAACUACGCCGUGAACUGCGAGACAAAGAAAAUAGGAUUCAAAUAAUGACUGAUUCCGUAAGUAUCAUUAUAUCAGUAAUAUUCUCAUGCAGUGUUACGGCUAACUGUGCAUAUAUAGUGCUGCCUCGUUCCUUCAAAAACACGUUUCGUAUAUACUAAACUGCAGUAGCUAACAAUUAAACGAAAGACAAAAACAACAAAUUUGAAUCUUAAAAUUUUAUUUCAUCGCUACACAGUGUUUCACGUACAGCGUACGGUCAUCAGGCGAUUGAUGUCACAGAGUAGGUAAGACAUACAGAGACGUAACUGACCGUUGUAAACACUGCGGAAGAUUACGUUAUCAUGUACCCACUUUUUUUCAGGCGACUGGGCGAAAAAUGAUCAACUGCGCGUGCUCAGCAAGUUUAAAGUGAGUCGUCAUCAGGUCGUCAUCCAAUCAGAUGCAUGCAUGCAUCUAGUAACUUGCCGAGCAAGCGCACAAAAAAAGUGGGUACACUAGUUACGUCUCUGUAUGUCUCUACUCUGUGUUGAUGUUAAUUAUCUCGCAAUAAAUUACAACGGUUUACGCAAGCAUUUAAAUGAUUGUGUUUACUUGCGUGCGCGCGUUUGAAAUUAGAAGCUUUAUAACUGUUCCUAUACCUACAUUUGCUAAACAAUUCAGAUCUAAUAUUCAAUGUAUUAUUUUGUCCGAUAACAUAAUCAUUCUUUUUUCUUCGGUGCACAGAGAACAAACUUUCAUUCCUGGGCAAACGGCUGGAACUUGCUUCAUGACCGACCAUUUUAUUCGGAAUGAUUUAUUCUGCGAUUUAAGAUCCCAAGCAUAUUUCGAAAGUUCCGUCUCUGUCGAAUAGCACUCAUUGUUCAAUGAUUUCAAAUGAUUGCUAUAUCUUAGCUUGAAAGGACCCGCCGUCAUUCCUAUAUAAUUCUUGACCUCUUUCCCAUUGUCGCUUGUAACACUGUGUAGCGAUGAAAUAAAAUUUUAAGAUUGAAAUUUGUUGUUUUUGUCUUUGUAUUUGCUCUACUGAUUUAUUGGUGUUGAGCACUCCAGUUCACUUCGCACAAAUUCAAUAUUGAAUAUAUAUAUAUAUAUAUAUAUAUAUAUAUAUAUAUAUAUAUAUAUAUAUAUAUAUAUAUAUAUAUAUAUAUAUAUAUAUAUAUAUAUAUAUAUAGAGAGAGAUAUAUAUAUAUAUAUAUAUAUAUAUAUAUAUAUAUAUAUAUAUAUAUAUAUAUAUAUAUAUAUAUAUAUAUAUAUAUAUAUAUAUAUAUAUGAACUGAACUUGUAAUAACAGUUGCCUGAAGAUUGCAAAAUUGCAUGAAACUCUGAGUAGCAACAUGUACAAUUUUUAAGAUGAAAUAAAUUGAUAAGUAGGUAUAUAGUUUGUUUGAUAAGUAAUUUGGAAGUCUACAUUUCUGGGAUUAUUGAUUUCACGAGAGUGAAAAGUAAAGUCCCCGUAAGGAUGUGGAGUAUGAUGGAGAGUUGAAAGGUAUAUUAGCAUAGCUUUCGAGUUAAGACCAUGUGCUUUCAUUUUGUUCCAGGUUCAGGAAGACCGAGCAAUAAGAGAACGCAAUGAAGUUGUCAUUAAUUUACAGCUUAUGAUGGUAAGUUUGUCAAGGUUCUGCUGGGCUUUGUGUGUUGUUUUUGUUGUGCUGUGUCGAUUUUGUUAAACAACCUCGACCUGGAGAACUAAGUCAUGCAUUCAUAUUUACCGGGGCGCGCAAACGAAUUUACUUUAUGAUUGUGGAAGUUUUGUUACAAAACAGAAUCUGGUUGAGCAUUGGCACUUUAUACGCUACAAUGUGGUUGAUCAUGCGCUCGUUUUCAUUUAAUGCCCCACAAGUGAAACAGCAUAUAUUGCUGUAUUAGUUCUCUGAGUAUGGCCGUGCGAGAUAUUUGGCAGUUGAUCCAGCUAGUCCUCGGACACCAGAUGAUAGACGCUCUGACGCAUUUACUCAUUCAGUGGAUGGUGGAUUCCGUCGGGCCUCAGGCAUGGCUGGUAGUAUAUCUUUCUCGUAUAGGGACGUACCACGUUUAUCUACACGCUUGUAGUAAUUUUAUUCAUUAGAAAUAGCUUUAAAGAAUACCUCUACACUCUGUUAAACUUUGCGGCUCUCUUCGUGUUUUGCGAAACGGCAUCUUGGUUUAUUACCAAAAUAUUUGCUCGUCUGUAUCUACCGGAAUGAAACGGGAAGCCAUUUUGUUGUUUUUUUGUUUGGAGGGGAAUAGUGCAAGGAUAGCCGAUAUCAAACAAAACCAACACAUGCAGUUAUGAACUAAAUACAUUUAUUAUUUUAAAUGUAGAAAAUUAUUAUAUUUUGUCUUUAUAUGUAGGCAAGACGUGCUUUAGAGAUUGGGCAACCGAUUGUCUUACGUGAUGAG